CUCGAUGGAAGAGUCGAAGGCUCCCGUUUUUCGGACCGGAAAUAACUUUCAAUACAGUCCCAUAGCAUUGAGCUUAACAGCCGUUGUGGGUCCUCAAUCCUAGCCUGUGUCUUAAUUGCAGGUUUCUCCAACAAAAUGGGGAAUGACUUGCUCUCCUUAUCUCUUGAUGAAAUUAUAGCCUCGCGGAGCAGGUCGAGAGGGAGAGGUGGUUCUCGAGGUAUGAGAGGAAACCGUCGGGGAGGAAGAGGAUUGUUUCGAGGCCGAGGGGGUCGCAUCCAGAAGCGAGGAGUGGGGCUUCAGAGUCCCGGUGGUGGCUUUGGCUUCAGGUCUAACUUCAGAGGAUUCAGAAGAGGCCGGGGACAGAGGCAAGGAGGAAUCCGUGGAGGACGAGGGAGCUUGAACCGCAGUCGGCUAGGCGGCGUUUCCAUCCGGGGCAGUGCGGCCAAUCUGUCCCUUGCCACGGGGAGGAGAGGCACGGGUGCUGUUCGUGGCCGGAAGCAGUUGGUCAGGCCGAGCUUCAACAGCCGUAACAACGUGUCCAUCGGUGCCCAGAAUCUGGCCAUCCAGAGAAGGAGGAAUGCCGGGGGUCGUCUUCAGCGGAGUCCUAAGGCUCCUGUAAUGUUGCAAGGGGCAGGCCUUCUGACCCGAAAGAGGCUGCAGUUGGUGAAGCAGGCACUUGCUAUUGCACAAGGGAAGAAGAGGAUUGGGACACCUCGAAACUACUCAUCUGGAAACCAGCCUCUCAGCCGGUCUCCUUCUUCCUCCAAUCUUACGGUGAACAUUGCCAACGAGUUGGGUCAGCAGCUACCACAGUGGAGACAGAGGAAUCUCAACGAUGGGGCCAGCAUGGCCUUCACUGUUGAUGGAGGAGGGGGAAGCCCUGGGGGACGAAGGCGAUUGGACCGAAGCAGCAUCGUACACCAACAAGUUCUUAAUCCCCGUCUCCAGGCCGAAAUUGCCCAGAUUCAACAACGGGGUUCCAGCUUUACCCCAGCGAAACAGGAUUACCGCCAUCACUCUGAGAUCCCCUCAGUAUCCUCAACCCCACUGGCUGCCAUGGGAACACGGCAGAGUCUCAGUGAUCGCUUUGCUUCAACACGGGUUGUUCUCUGAGACCAGCUGUGAUAACACCCACAGGAUAAAUACAGGUCUCCUUUAAUCAUGAACUUUCCUUGGAAUUUGUGACAAGGACUUGUGGAUUUUUUCUUUUUUUUUCUUUACUGGAGUUAUGUAUGUAGAAAAAUAAACAUGAAGGUUA